UUCACAUAUUGCUUUAUGGUAUCAGAGCGGCGGUUCUUCGCCCCUUCCUAUCGGCGCUAAUCAUGACUGGUGGAACAACUCCUUCCCAGAGUCUGAUUUAUGCUCUCAGUCCCAGUGAUAAUCCAGGGACGGUUAUCACUCAUGUUGUUCUCAAAGGCUACAAUUAUGAAGAAUGGGCGAGGGGAUUUCGAGUCUCUCUUCGUGCCAAGCGAAAACACGUAUUCAUAGAUGGCAGUCUCAAGCAACCGGCUGACAGCUCUUCCGAAAUUGAUGAUUGGUGGACGAACAACUCCAUGAUAGUGGCCUGGAUGUUCAACACCAUCGAACCUUCACUGCGGGCUUCCAUCUCUUAUCGCGACGUUGCCUUUGAUUUAUGGAGAGAUAUCAAGGAAAGAUUUUCGGUUGGUAACGGAGUAAAGAUUUAUCAAGUAAAGUCUGAACUCUCCGAUUGCAAACAGAGAAGCGGUGAGAAAAUUAUGAGUUAUUACGGGCGCCUCAAGAAACUGUGGGACGAUCUGGAUGAUUUUGAUCCUCUUCCGUCAUGCGAUUGCUCAGGCUGCAAAUGUAACCUAACGACAAAACUUCGCAAGCGACGUGAUGAUGACCAAGUUCGGGAAUUUUUAAUGGGGCUUGAAUCAUUCUAUGCAAACACCCGGUCAAGCCUGUUGGGAAUUGAGCCCCUGCCAUCGCUAAAUAUAGUAUAUUCCAGGCUAAUUCAAGAGGAAGAAGUGCGGAUGAUCACUGGCAGUCAGGAGGAAGGAACAAAUCCCAUGAGCUUCGCCGUCCGGGGAAAUACUUUUACCGGCCGGAAUUCAGGGGGGGCUGCUCGGGUCUCUAAUAACUCUAUUGUUUGCACCUUUUGUUCUAAAACAGGACAUACUGAGGAGAAGUGUUUUGUCAAACACGGGUACCCCGAAGGCUGGCUGGAACGUAGACGUGGAAUGAACAAGGGACGUGGACAGCCUGGAAACAAUGGCGGUUCAGGAGGAUUCCAGAGCUCUUCUACGAAUCAGCAACCCAAGGCCAACGUUGCUCAUACCGGAGAGGUGGUCAAAGAACUUGGUGAUAUCCGCCUCAAUGGACCAAGUCUCGAGGACCAGGAUUGGUGUGGGUGAACAGUAUGGCGGGCUCUUCUAUUUGGCGAUGGGGGAGAGAGUACUCAUUCACAAUGCUACACAUUUGGAUAUUGGCGAACUUUGGCAUGCACGCUUGGGACACCCGUCAUUACAAGUUUUGGAUUUUUUGCCUCAAGUUAGUGGUCGCUAUAGUAGUUUAAUUAAUAAGCCGUGUGAUGUUUGUCAUCGUGCUAAGCAAACUCGUUCUGUUUUUCCGUCAAGUAGUCAUAGAGCAUCUCAUUUGUUUGAAUUGAUACAUUGUGAUGUUUGGGGACCAUAUAGUGCCAACCGUUCUUGUGAUUCGAGAUAUUUUCUUACUAUCG